UGUCAAUUGUUAAAGGCUUUCGCGACCAAAUAUUAUUCAUAAUAAAGGCUUUUGGGUUAGGUCAGAUAAAUGCUGCUGGAUUUGAUUACCAGCGAAACGUCGUACUCGAAUUGUAAAUGUCGUGGAUUUACUCUCCAACACAGCGGUGGGCUGAAGUAGUAACUAAAUUGUCGCGUUGUUUACGUGACAAACCUUACUGGCUGUGUCGGGUGAUGGAGGGCUACGAGACAUAUAUACUUUCGCGAUCUAACCCAAAAACCUUUAUAAUGAAGAGCUAUAUUAUUGGCUCUUUCGGUAAAGUCACGUAGAAGGGAAAUAAUACAAUAAUACAAAUAUAAAACAAUUAAAAUGUUCACGUUUCGACUGCAACACAAGCAAUCGUCAUCAGGUGUGAAAUCCACAGCAAGAAAAUUUGACACUUUUUUCUAAUUUUCUUGCUGUGGAUUUUACACCUGAUUAUGAUUGCUUGUGUUGCAGUCGAAACGUCGUGAGAAUUUUUGUUUUAUAUUUUUAUUAUUGUUUUACUUCCCUUCUACGUGAUGACUUUACCGAAAGAACCAAAAAUAUGAAUCCCUGCAGUCACGAAAGCUUUACAUAAAAAUUAUGAAGAGCUAUUUAAGUCUGUCUUGAAAAGUCACUUAUUUAACUUGGCCCUUCUAUCCUAGAUCCGACCGAUUACCGCAGUUGUGUUUGUUUCCUGCUUUUCAUACAUCGCGCAUCUACAGUUGAAAUGCGCCUUUCAGAUAUAAGUUAUUAUGUUUCAGUGUUCAUCCUUUUGGCGAUAUAAGUGCCUGUCUGACUGGAGGUUUUUUUAUCGAUGUGGUAUGAAUUUUCCCCAACGUUGUUUGAAACACUCAGGGGAGGAACUUGUUCAAAAUAGUAUCUCUCAAAAAAGACGGCCGUCUGUUGUGAAAGAGCCUUGUUGAGCUGUAAAAGUGUGGGAAGCGUGAUUUGCGGAUCACAGAAGUGAAUUUUGCUUGCACCGUCCUUUGCUAUCCACCAUGUAGCCCAGCCAGGGGCGGUUUCUUCAUUAGGGCGAUUGGGCGACACACCACCAAUGUCAUUGAACCACAGAGUCACGCUAGCCGUCACUGUGCCUCUGGAUAUAGUCCAAUCAGCGUCAUGUCACGUUCUGUGGAGUACCGCCUCUUUUUGGGCGAUUUCACUCCGGCUGAGAAUCGCCCCGAGUGGCCCCAUAGACUUACAUUCAAAGAUGUUUUUUUUCGAACGGCGGGCGCUCCAAUGCAUUAUCUAUGGCUUCCGGGAGGGCUCGCCCUCACGUGCUUACGUCAUCAUACGUGCUUACGUCAUCAUACGUAAGCACGUUUCAUCCAACAAUAUAAUUUAUCGCCACCUAGUGGAAUCUUUAAUAAAAUAAACUUGAGUGGUUUGUUUUAAUAGUGAGUAUAGAAACAAACAAGAUGUAUUAUAAGAGUCACUUUAUUUUUCAUUAAUAUUAAAGAAGUGAAGUUGCCUUUACAUGCUUAAGCUGUUAAUUUAUCCAUUGCAUGGGUGGACCUUAUCCUUAUCAAUCAUCCAGACAUUUGCCCCCCCUGAGAGAUUUUGCAGGAGCCGCCACUGAGCCCAGCCUAUAACACGCAAAAGAAACUGAUUGGUCCGGCUCGCUGAUGGUGAGCUGGUCAUAUGGUUAGUGUUGUAUUCAAGCCACGAUUGUUAAAUGGUAAUAAUCAGUACGUUGGUAAUUGUUUUUUUCCAAAGUGUAGGAAUCGAGAAUUCGCUAUAACGAGCUAUACGGGGGAUCUUUGAGGGGAGGUCUGUGUGCAUGUGUAAUGGGUCCGAUUGAGGUGCACACGCGACUUGGAGGCAACACUAUUUAUUAAGACAUAACACCCACGUGAACACUAUACAUAAGGUGGUGACCACCUUCCUGAUCUCACGAACACUCGGGGAACACUACACAGCGUGACCCAGGGCAGGUGACGGAUGCCUGGUCAAAACGACGAUCGGACACUUGAGGACUUCUCAUCGCAUCUUCAUCCCGGAGUAGAACAUCCCAGCUCCCUCUUCUUGGUUCUUCGCCUGAGGACGGCUGCUUGCGUUGCAAUGGAAUCGGUGUCAAUGCAACAACAAAGGAACAGACCGGUGCAUGUAUUGUUUGUACAGCUUGUAUGGCUUGUACUGUUUGCAUUUGUAAUCAUAGUGAUAUCGACGUUCAUAUUGAAAGCAGGGUUUGGUCGGUAUCCUGCAAAAUCCAGUCAGAAUUGUUCACAACUAAAUUCCAACCGCUUCCGAAUCGCACGACCGAACCAGGACUCCAUUGUACCUACAUCUGAUCCACCUGCCACCAUAAGCAAUGACGGCUCUUUCUGCGUUAGAAACGUCGCAAGAGAGACUUGGAUCAAUACAACCUACGUCAAGCUAACGUCUGGGCAACCUCCCUUGACGUCGGAGAAGAAAGAGAGGUGGCGCAAUUUGACGUGCAGUCACCGGUCGAGCAGCUUCUUUCAGGUGGUGGAUGCAAACAAUGUGUUUCAUCGCGGGGGCUACUUGACAGUCUCUGUGUUCAUGCGGGACGCGCAUGGCAAGCCCAAGCUCCGUGGCGGCGACUUUAUUGUGGGGAGGCUUUUCAACAGUAAGCUUGGCGCGGCCGUGUCGGCGAGCGUUCACGACGUCGGCAACGGCUCCUACCAGCUGAGUUUUCCACUGCUCUGGACUGGCAAUGCGACCAUCGCCGUGCGGCUGCUACACUCAAGAGAGGCGGUCAACGCCCUGAACUACGUGCGCGAGAAUUUUCCAGAGAAGAUAGCCUUCCAGGCCGUGUUCCGCGAGACACCCGAGUCACCCGAGACCACCAGUUGCUACAUGACCAGCGUGGAGAACUUAAACCUCAGCAACAUCAGUGGUGUUGUAGCUGAUGCCGAAGGAGAUGGAAACAUUUGCAACCUGACCGACUCCAAGCUGUGCGAACCCUGGUUGUGCAUCAAACCAAAUACAUCCCUGUGCAAGUCUCUUCAACACUUACAUUCUUACAACUACGAGGCAAUCCCUUGGGGAGAUGAGUACCAGGAGCUUUUUGAAAGUGAAAAAGCUCAAGAACCUUUGAAGGCAAAUGGGCAGUCGCAGAUUGUUGUCGAAAGUAAUGAUAGGGUGAUCCCGUCCCAGCCUCGGUGUGAACCCGUGAUGUCGCUUCAGCCCUCUGGCCACUACUUCAGAAAUGAGUGGAACCCGCUGGGGUACACACUGAAGAGGUUCAGUCGCCGGGACGUGAUCGCCUGCCUGCGGGGAAGACAGGUCUUGUUCUUCGGAGACUCCACCAUCGUCCAAUGGUGGAACCACUUGACCGCCAUGGUCCCCACGUUCAAGAAAAUAGAUCUGCACAUACAAGAGAUACACAGGCCCUUCCACGCCAUUGACACGUACAACAAGAUCACCAUGAGGUACUUCCCGCAUGCAUACCCCUUCAUCUGCGCCAAGCUGCAGCGCGCUGUCGACUUCACUCCGUGCGCCAAUGCCAUCGACAACCUGCGUGGUGGGCACGACACGGUGGUGGCCCUGGCGCUGGGUCCCCACUUUACACCAUUCCCGCUGCGCGUCUUCCUGGCGCGAAUCUUCAACAUCCGCGAGGCCGUGAUCAGGCUGCUCAAGCGCAGCCCCAAAACGGCUGUGGUGAUCAGGCUGGUGAGCACACGAGAGCUCAUCCUCGAUUAUUCACGCUUCAGUAACUGGUUUCUGUUCAAGUUUAAUGAGGCCCUGAGGGCCGCAUUCCAAGACAUCAAAGGCGUGGCUUUCGUAGAUGCAUGGGACAUGACGGCAUCGGUGGAUUCUUACCAGCUUCACCCAAACAGCGUUAUCGUCAGCAACCAGGUCAACGUCUUCCUGAACCACAUCUGCAAGCAAGGUUAAUGACACUAUGUAAAAUUAUAUAGCGAGGAAAGGCUUAAUGAUUCUUGACUAAUUUUCAUGAGGGGUAAAGGUGGGACGUGUGGACAACGUCCAAACGUGUUUGCUGGACACAGGAAUGAACACACCCAGGAGACUCCUCGUGACCUGGUUCUGGAGUA